UACAAACCACAUAUAAUUCAUCCCAGCACUACUUCUUUUGGAGUCAACCAAAGUUACGACAGUCGAGUGGCGGAUCGAGCUACGCAGAAGUUUACCGAAGAUCAGGAACCUAUACCUCACAAUCAAGAGGCGAAAACAAGGAAAUCAAACUGGUUGGUACUAGCUCGUAAAAAUGAUAUUGGAUAUUGGAACAUAUCUUGGAGAGAAGUUCGCGUGUAGGCGCGCUAAGUUUGUUAGUUGUGUUACGCGUAGGUCGUUUGGACUGUUAUUGCAUUUAUUGCGUGUGCAGGAUACAUUUACGGGGUCACCGCAAAAAGGUGCUCAAGCCGAGGAAGAUUAAAAUAAGUGCAAAAUUUAGAUUCCUUCACAGAGUACUCAACGACUGGAACUGCUUACCGGAUUCAGUAGUAUCAGCUCCAUCGGUGAACGCUUUCAAAGAGAAGUUAGAUCUCUGCAGAGAUAUAUAUCGCGAGGAUUAACACAGGUCACAAGAGCCUAUUAUCCUUAUCAUCUGAAUCUGAAUCUGAUACCUCUGAUCAUCAGGGUAAAGAUGAAAAAAGUCACAUUAGAUUAAGAGAUUGGUUUGUGGCUUGGCCCUAGUGUUGAGUUGCGUCCACACGUAUAGUUUGUGCUAUUAUUCCCUAUCUUAACAUAUAUACUGUGCAAAAUACGGUUAUUGUUGACUAUUCAAGUUAAAUAUCAAGCUAAGCUGGAAAACUCUACUCUCAACUACCUUACAAAACUACAAUCGACUGUUGUUACACAGGGGUAAGAUAUCAAAUCAGAUAUGCAGGUCUUUUAAAACAGUCUUUGUUCAGCUGGAAAACUCAAGUAUAAAGCUUUUGAUCAUGGAAUACAGUCUCCAUUCUCUCUAUUUUAUCAGAUUGUUAGUAUUUUUAGUUGUCCUACAUGAAGUCAAACAAGCAGACUAGUAUGUAUUGAAAUUGUAGUUCCAGUGGAUUCUGCUAAUCAGCUAAACAAUGAUUUAACUCAGCAUUAACCAGGCAUUAAUCAACAACAUAUAUUGGUACCUGUCCAGAGAAUAUGGAAAAUGAUGAUGUUGUCCUGACGGACAGUACGAAGAAGAUUAAGGCUAUUAUUUUGAUUGGUGGUCCAUGUAAAGGCACUCGAUUUAGACCAUUGUCUUUGGAGUUACCAAAACCACUUUUUCCUAUAGCGGGAUUUCCUGUUGUAUAUCACCACAUUGAAGCUUUUUCCAAAUUACCAGGAUUAAGAGAAAUUAUCCUCUUGGGGUUUUAUCAGCCUAACGAAGCUCUUAAUCAGCUCAUUUCAAACGCACAACAUGAAUUCAAAGUUUCUGUUAGAUACUUACAAGAAUUUACAUCACUUGGGACUGCUGGUGGUAUAUAUCAGUUCCGUGACCAGUUGUUAUCUGGGUCUCCAGACUUGUUAUUUGUUAUGAACGGUGAUGUUUGCUGUGACUUACCUCUUGAAGAAAUGCUUGAAUUUCACAAAUGCCUAGGCACUGGAGAUCGAUUCGUAAUUAUGGCGACUGACGCAACGCGUCAACAGUCAAUGAAAUUUGGUUGCAUUGUUGAAGAUCCCAUUACUCAUGAAGUUAUGCAUUAUGUUGAAAAACCAGCCACCUUUGUCAGUACAACUAUAAAUUGUGGAAUUUAUCUAUUUACUCCGGGAAUAUUUAAAUUUAUCCGUAUAGCUUUUCUUGAACAUCAGAAUCAACUGAACUAUGAUUUAAGACCUUCGUGCAAAGAAAGUAUUCACCUGGAACGAGAAAUAUGUCAACCAUUAGCUGGAAGUGGUACCUUAUUUGUUUAUCAUACCAACCGAUUUUGGAGUCAAAUUAAAUUUGCUGGUGCUGUUAUCUAUGCCAAUCGUCAUAUAUUAUCACUUUAUGAAAGAACACAUCCACAUAGACUUGCUAAAAUGACACUGUCAAGUUCAGCUAAUCUACAAAUGUUGGAUAAUAAUAAUAAUAAUUCUGAUAGUUCAUCUUUACUUGUUAUGAAUGGUGGAGAUUGUCGACCGACAACAUGUGGACCAAUUAUAAUUGGUCAUGUAUUCAUACAUCCAACGGCUACAAUUGAUAGAACAGCUGUUAUAGGGCCUAAUGUCAGUAUAGGUGAACGAGCUGUUAUAAAAGCUGGUGUACGCUUAAGAGAAUGUAUUGUACUCAGGGAUGCAGAGAUUCGUGCACAUGCAUGUUGUUUAAAUGCAGUAAUUGGAUGGAAUACUGUAAUCGGUGAAUGGGCACGUGUUGAAGGUACACCGAAUGAUCCAAAUCCUAAUAAACAAUUUACUAAACUUGAUGUACUACCUGUUUUUAAUAGUAAAGGUCAAUUAAAUCCAUCCAUUACUGUUAUUGGCUCAAAUGUAGAAGUUCCACCUGAAGUAAUCGUUCUCAAUUGUAUUGUUCUUCCACACAAGGAAUUAUCACAUAGCGCUAGGAAUCAAAUUAUUUUGUAAUAAUAUACACAUACACUUACACACAUACAUGUAUACACACUUAUGUACACAUUAUUUAAGUGAGUACUUCUAUGUACACACACACACACAUACACCCACGCGCGAAUAUGACCAAUAGACGACAACACAGUGUGUUUUGUCUAUCCAUCUACACACUCACACACACACAUGUCUUGUGGAUAAGUUUGCAAUAUCCUCAAUUUUUCUUUUCUAUUGUUAUUAUUUAGUCUGUUUCUCUUUGUCUAGUUUGUUUAUUUCUUAAAAUAUGCCUUUAUAUACAUACAUAUUUUAUAGUUUGUUGUUUAGUAGAUGAAAUGCCUUCAUUUUUAGUAAUAUACACAGUAUUGAGGAAGACUGUAUAUUUCUGUCCUGAUUUUUGUUUUGGUUGUUGUUGUGUUUUUCUAAUUUCUCUGUUUGCGUUUUCUUAAUUUGCUUUAUUUAACGCCACAGUAGCGUUACUGAGUACGGUAGAAGUGAUAAUAAUAAACACUACUACUAGUGAUAGUAAUAAUAUUAAGUUUUUUUCGUGAUUGUUUCACCUCAUGUGAAGUAAUUUUGAGUAGCCCCUUAAUUCUAGGAUAAUAUUUUCUUCCGUAUUCAUCUGCGCCGUGAUUUUCUUUUCAAAUAAAACUUCUCUGUCUGUAUUGUGUUUAGUGAUAAUAGUCGAACUACCUGCCUGCCUGCCUACCUACCUACUUCCCUAACUACCACACUUCCCCACCUACCUACCUACCUACCUACCUAACUGGCCGCAUACAACAUUUUGUGUAUUUUAUUCCUUUUGUAAUAUUUCCCCAUACGAAAAAGAAGAGAAAACACCACAACAACUUUGGUUCUUCCUGUUCUUUUUCUUAUUCUUUUUUUAUAGUUUGAUUUUAUAUAUAAAUAAAUAUAUAGACUAACAUAUAUCAGUAUGGUUGUUGUUUCCCGACCAAUUGAACAGUUCAGAGUUGAUUAGUUUACGACGUUCUUCUUCCACUUUUGCCUCUUUUCUGUUCCUCUCUUGUAUUUUGUUUUGUUAUUUUUUCUCCACAGGAUACAGUUAAAUAACAGCAAUACAUUUUAGGUGG